UGGCCUCUACAAAAAUGGAACGUUCAUUUAUUCAGGGGACAAGUUUUUGCACGUUUUUAUCUCAACGUCUUUUAUUGUAAAAAAGUGAUUAUUAAUUAAUUGAAUACUUUUCCAUUGUUGUCAUGAGAAUUAAAAUAUCUUCAAUUUAAAAGAUUGACAUUUAUCAAUUUAUUUAUACGCAACAUUUUCUUGAUUUGGAGAAAUCAUUAGGAUCUUGUAUUCGAGGAUAAUUUGGAUUCACGGCAUAUCUAUAUAAUAGUAGGGAGAAAAGCCGGCUCAUGAAAAGUUCUAGAAGUUUCUUCGCAGCCUCAUUUCCGGUGUGUAUUAAAAGGUAGAAUGAGGCCACUACCGGGUGGUCAUAAUCAACUUCCAUGUUUUCAUGUUACAGGAUGCACUUUUGUAUACCAGUUUUGUAUGAAGGUCGCUUAAAAAUGAUAUUUGGAGGAUAUUUAAUGGCGUUAAAAGAGGUCAGACAGUAAAAGCAAUGGAUAAUAUUCUUGAAUUCAUCAUAGCUGAAUAGUAGCAGUCUUCCUGAUCUUCCAGUUUUUAUUAUCGUUGUUGAAAAAUUCUCUAAGUGGCAGCACAAAGCAGAAUAGAAACAAGGCGUACAUGUACCAACUGGUUUCUCGACGUAUUUGUUAGUGUUUUAUCAUGGAUUACAGAUAGCAGCACUUUCCAGCUAGUAAUUAUGCGGUAAAAUACAAAAUUCAGCUUGAUGAUUAUUAUUUUGUGAGUUAAAAAAUUGAAAUUAAUUUAUUUUCAAUUUUUAAACAUUGAUUUUAAUUUUUGUUUGUAAAUAUUGUUGUUAUAGAUAAUAUAGGAUGGUUAAUUGUGUUUUCAAUUUGAUAGCUGUAUAUAUUUGUUGACGUCUGCGCUGCUCGGCAUCAUUCGGCUCGUUCUACUCGUUGUAUGGUGCGCGGCAGCGAGUCUCCUUCUCUUCCUGGAGAGAGCACUGUCCGUCUCCUCUACCAUUUGUCGCAUUUGUAUAAAUUCCGGGAGGAGCAGGCCAGGUUGUGCCGCCAUCUUAGAGAGAGAGGUAUUUGUCUCGUCUGCUGUACUAGACGGAUUGAGUUCAACGCUCAGCGAGAUAAUAAAGUGACAGCUAAAAGUGUUGUUAUCGGGCGUUUAAAGGAAACAAAGUGACUUGUGUCUAAUCCAGUGGAUUAUAGUGCAAAAGUGUCGAUGCUCAGUGCAUUGGUUUGUCAGCUCGUAUUUUAAGCCAUAUAUAUAUAUAUACAUAUAUAUAUACAACGAACGGCUACAUAUGUACCUGACACCGCUCAGGAACGAUUCGAGUAACUGAAAAGCAAAAAAAGAGUGAGUCACUCCCAGUGUAGUGCGGUGAUUUAAAAAAAAAAAUUUCCUUCGAAAACGGUAGUUCGCGUUUGUAAAGGGCUGUAAAGUUGUGUGCUAAAAUAUGGCGCGGGUUGCAGACAAGGUAUUGUAUUGACCUAUUUAUACCUUAAGACACGGAAAGGUUAUCUUGAAAAAUACUCAAGGGCACAGACAGAAGCAAUUUUAAAGGAUUAGUUUUUUUGUCGAAGAAAAAAAAUUACUGACUUUACUGUUCGUUGUCAUUAAUUAGUGACGGGUCACUUUUGUAGUGCGGGGGAAAAAAAAAGCGAAACACUGAAGAAACUCGACGUGCGUGGAGCCCUGGCAGGCUGGAGCGCGGCUGGUAAAAUGGGCAAUAAUGCCGCGACUGCAAAUAAGAAGGUGGACGCGGCAGAGAGCGUCAAGGAGUUCCUGGAUCAGGCCAAAGAGGAAUUUGAAGAAAAAUGGAAAAAAAAUCCUACCAAUACUGCGGCAUUGGAUGAUUUUGAAAGAAUUAAAACCCUGGGUACCGGUUCAUUUGGUAGAGUCAUGAUAGUUCAGCAUAAACCCACCAAGGAGUAUUAUGCAAUGAAAAUACUCGAUAAACAGAAGGUGGUUAAAUUAAAGCAAGUUGAACAUACACUUAAUGAGAAGAGAAUUCUUCAAGCAAUUAGCUUUCCAUUUCUUGUUUCGUUACGAUUUCAUUUUAAGGACAACUCGAAUUUGUAUAUGGUACUCGAAUAUGUACCAGGAGGCGAAAUGUUCAGCCAUUUAAGAAAGGUCGGUCGUUUUUCUGAACCACAUUCACGAUUUUAUGCAGCGCAAAUUGUAUUAGCCUUUGAAUAUCUUCAUUAUCUUGAUCUUAUCUACAGAGAUCUUAAGCCUGAGAAUCUUCUUAUAGACUCCCAAGGUUACCUCAAGGUCACGGACUUUGGUUUCGCCAAGAGAGUGAAAGGCAGGACGUGGACCCUAUGCGGUACACCUGAAUAUCUUGCACCUGAAAUUAUUCUCAGCAAGGGUUAUAACAAGGCUGUUGAUUGGUGGGCGUUAGGUGUUCUAGUAUAUGAAAUGGCCGCUGGCUAUCCACCUUUCUUUGCUGAUCAACCGAUUCAGAUCUAUGAGAAAAUUGUCAGUGGCAAAGUUCGUUUUCCCUCACAUUUUGGUACGGAUCUUAAGGAUCUAUUGCGCAAUUUAUUGCAGGUAGAUCUUACCAAAAGGUACGGUAAUCUCAAGGCCGGUGUUAACGAUAUAAAAGGUCAUAGAUGGUUUACAAGUACCGAUUGGAUAGCUGUCUUCCAAAAAAGGAUCGAGGCACCAUUUAUACCGCGAUGCAAGGGACCCGGUGAUACUAGUAAUUUUGAUGAUUACGAAGAGGAAGCAUUGAGAAUUUCUUCAACUGAAAAAUGCGCCAAGGAGUUUGCUGAAUUUUGAACAAUUGACUCGUAUGUCGAUGAUUAUUAUUAUUAUUAUGGAUUCUGUAAAACGGAAAAAUCGCGACGCAACCCGGACUAUCGAAGAAUGUCCACAGGGAGACGACGAGCGUCGACGUCCAGAUCUCGUUACCUAGCAACGAGUAAACAAUUGAAGGCUUAUUUUUACCAGGAAGAAUCAACUCUCCUCGAUGAUUGUUAUCGUAAUUUAAUGCCAGGAUCAUAGGAUCUCCGUUCCCUCUGUGACACCAAUAUUAAAAAAAAAAAAAUUAAAUCAAUUUCCUUGAACAUUAUUUAAUUCCCUGAAUAUUCAUCAUUAAUUUCGAAUUUGAUUUGGGUCUUCCAGGAGGGACGGAGGGUGACCGAUACUUCCAUAGGGUGAUGGUUCAUGGUGCAAAGGAAGAUCAUCAACAAGCACUGGACCAUUUUUUCUUCUUCUUUUUUUUUUUUUUUCUUGCUUUGUUCGCCGAUGUAUAAAGUUCGUUAAACGCUAGCUAGUCGCCGUAACUAUUCAACAUUUAACACGAAGCACGCGACUUACUCCAAGGACACGGGGAGGCAACGAAACCUCGAAAUUCGUUUGCCAUUGCGAGUCUAGGGAGCGUCGUCGUUUUCAGAGAGUGUGUGUUAUACCUUGCGACGAGGCGCGUAGUUCAGUAUAUAAGUUUAUAUGGAUGGUGCUGUUGUCGUGAAUUUAUUUGUCAUAGUGCAAUUUAGUAAUCGAGAAUCUAAAUGUCCAUCAUCGCAGUCCUGAACGUCGACGAGAGAGUCAACCCCUCACAGGCCUUGAAACCAAAAAAAAGAGACCUGUAGGGAAGUGUUCUUUUUCAAGAUUGCAAAAAAAAAUAUAAUAUAAUUAUUAUUAUAAUAUAUUUAAAAAAAAACUGGCUAUUUAAUAAUAAUAUUAAUAAUAAUUUAAAAAAAAAAAAAACCGCACCAGAUUGAAAAACAUUAAAAAGUGUGCGUGGCGAUCGCUCUGAUUUGUUCUGCGAGUGAUGCCAAGUGCAGUGCAGGGAAGAAGCAUAUCAGUGAAAUCGUGAAUGUGGCAUUCGAUGUUGUUCGAAAUGCAACGGAUUGUCAGGUGCAGUAAGGUUUGUCGUUUGUUGCUGCGCAUUUCAGAUAUGAUGUAUCUUCGGUUUUUCGAAUGCGAGACGACCGAUACGAAUGGGCAUGCGUUCUUGUAGCAAAAAAAGAAAGAAAAAAAAAAAAAAAAAAUGUGCGAGUCAGAAGGAACUCCCGUGUGCUGUGUGAUAGUUUAGAGAAAUAAUUCUCCUUAGAUUACGUAUUUUCUAUAGGAUAUUUUCCUCCCUACCUCAUGAUUAUAUUUAAAACAAAAAAAAAAAAAAAAAAUUGUUCGUUUAACACGAUCCAAAUAGGCGUUUUUUCCGAAAGAGAUGUUCGAAACAAAAAUUUUUUUUUUUUUCUUAGAUGCAGAAUCAAUCGUAUUGUUAAAGUCAAUACAAUGAAUGGCACAGUCAUUCAGCAAUAAUUUCCAGGGUUCUUUAAUUUUU